AUGGACACUCCUUUUAAUGACAUGAUUGAAGAAAUUACCAAACAAUGCAGCGAUAAAGGCAUUCAGGCGUCACCUGAUUUUGUCGUCUUUUUGGUCUCGCUCGUAUCGCUAAGCCUGACGAAUCGAGGAUACGAGACAGAAGGGCCGGAUAGCAACGAAACGAAAAUACUCAACGGUGUAAUUGAAAAAUUGUUCGAUCCGUCCAGGCCAAGCUUCGUCGCGCUUAAGCUUCAAUUUCACUUUGCGAAACGCUAUCGUGACAGAGGCCACGCCGUUAAGAAGUGCAGGAGCCGGCUGGCGCACAAGACCGCGCCGCUAUCGAAGGAAAUUUGCGACACGGUUAAGCUGGAUAGUACGCGGGAAAUGGAGAGACUUUAUCAGAAAAUACUCGUUUUUAUUACCUUGCUGAGCGGCCUUGGGGAUCCUACACUGCCGCCUGUACUAAGGGAAGUCGCUAUCGGCUUGCAGAGCGUGAUCCAGCCCUCGGAGCUUCCGCGCUUCGUCGCUUUAUCGGAGCCCGAGAAGGAAGAACAAUUGGCGGAGCUGGCUCUUAUCGUAGCGGGUAUUCGUCUCUUCAACCGCGACCGUCAAAGCGGUGGUGAAGGCAUCGACGACCGUAAGAACACCAUUACUUUUCUCGGAUUCUGUGCCUGGAGCUUCGUUGUAGGCAGAGGCGCACUGAUCCCAGGCAAUCCAAAUAUCGGCGUAGCCGAAUGGCGAGGCAAGUGCUUCGUGUUCAGCUCCGUCGAGGCGGCCAAGGAGUUUGGAGAGCAGCCAGACAGGUUUUUUUCGUUAGCUUUGGACAUCGUGAGGAAAAAGCAAGAGUACAUAUACCUGUUUCAGAUGUUCAACGAUUUGCAAAGCACAAAUUCUUACAAAAGCUCGUCCGACGAGGGCCCAUAUUUUCUGGUUCGUCAACAUCAGGAAGUUCAGACCGACACUCACGUAGUUCCGACGUUCAUUGACAAGGAUUACUCGGCGAGCCUUUGGCAACUUCGUGAACAAGCUUUGCAUUUGGCGGACAUAUGUCGAAGUGUUACGCGAAGUACGCAGACAUUCAAGUCGCAUUUCCGGGCAGGCGUGAACUUGCAAACGCUGAUGCCAAAGGACAAGGAAGCCCAAACGAGGAAAGAUAGUAGCACUAACACGAUCACGGCGAAGAAGUAUUUGUUCGGCUCGCGAGGCCGACCAAAUUUGGAAGAGCUUGUUAACUGCGGUUGCAACAACGAAUAGUACCGAUACCGAUUGUGGUCUACAUGUUUUUUUGUAAAUCGAUAAAUAAAAUAAUUUGUUAUCUCAUUGUACGCAAUUUUGU